AUGGCGGUAUUUAGUCUCUUGAACUUGUCUCUUUCAACGCUAGCGAACAACGUAUCCCGUCUGGAAAAUGAGCUGGACAAUUUGCCCGUUGAAGUCAAAAACAAGUGUCUCAAAUUGCUGUCGCGUCGAGGCCUCGUGAGCGACAGGAACAUCCACAGAUUGAUAAACAAGAAGACGCAAGUGCUAGACUUGAGUCAGUGUAACGGAAUAUCAGACGUCGGUUUGCGUACGACGACUGUCUGCUGCAGUCUGGUGAAGCUCGACUUGAACGUUGCGAACCAAACGAGUCGGGUUUCCAUCUCUUCGAAUUGUUUGGCUUCUCUGGCCGCGUUCUGGCCUCAUCUACGAGUCGCCUUUCUAAGACGUUGUGGCCUCGUGAACGACAAGGCAAUAUCGGCGUUGGCGAGACACUGUCCUCACCUCAGGCACCUGAAUUUGAGCGGAUGUGCAAGAGUCACUGAUGAGUCUCUCAAGUCACUAGCCAAGUACAGCAGGCAUCUGGAAAGCAUCGAUAUGUCAAGAACACAGGUGUCUGAUGAUGGUAUUGAGUGUCUUGCUGUUGGAUGUUGUCAGAAGUCGCUUCAGGAGGUUCACUUAGGACACUGUCUGGAGGUGUCUGAUUUAGCAAUCUCUGUUCUCCUCCACAACUGUCCACAAAUUACGACGCUAAGUUUUCACGGUUGUCCCUCAAUUACCGAUCAGUCGAGGAUAACAUUAGCAACAUACAUGAGCCCGAUGCGACCCAUGAAACACUUGACAUGGACCGUGUAUUGAUUCAUCAGAGUGACAACCUAACCUAUUGAACUAGAAUGAAAUUAGAUAUUCGAUGUUAUUAUUAUGUGGUAGAGUAUUUUCUCUCCGCUGGUGGUCUUGUUUGUUGUAGAAUUCAUGUAGCUAGUGUCUAUACAUACAUGAUGUACUCAUAUUUCAUCUCACUGUGUUUUCUUCAAUCUCAUCUUUCACU